AUGCAGAGCUUCGGGCGUGCUCUCGUGCACUCUGCACGGAAGAGCCGGAGCAAGGAGGUCAGAUUCGGCGUAGAUUGCCGUAGCGGUGUGCUUGCCGGCGUUGACAAGCUAGCAGACGCUGUACAAGUGACUCUGGGGCCAAAGGGCAGGAAUGUGGUCAUAGAGCAGAGCUACGGCGGCCCAAAGAUCACCAAGGACGGUGUCACAGUGGCAAAGUCCAUAGAGCUGAAGGACAAGUUCCAGAACGUGGGUGCAUCCCUCGUGAAGCAGGUGGCCUCAGCCACCAAUGAUGUUGCAGGAGAUGGCACGACGACAGCGACGGUCCUUACGCGCGCGAUCUUCAGCGAGGGCUGCAAGAGCGUGGCGGCCGGCAUGAACCCGAUGGACCUGCGGCGGGGCAUCAACCUGGCCGUUGAAAAGGUGCUGGAGGACCUCAAGAGCCGCGCCAAGAUGAUCAGCACCACCGAGGAGAUCGCGCAGGUGGGAACCAUCAGCGCGAACGGGGAGAAGGAGAUUGGGGAGUUGAUAGCGCGCGCGAUGGAGCGCGUGGGCAAGGAGGGGGUUAUCACUGUAGCGGACGGCAAGACGCUGGAGAACGAGCUAGAGGUUGUGGAGGGCAUGAAGUUUGACCGCGGCUACAUCUCCCCCUACUUCAUCACCGACCCCAAGACCAUGAAGGCCGAGCUCGACAACCCCUACAUCCUCAUCGUCGAGAAGAAGGUCUCCGGGCUGGCGCCGCUGCUGCCGAUCCUGGAGUCGGUGAUAAAGACGCAGCGGCCGCUGCUGAUCAUUGCGGAGGACGUGGAGAGCGAGGCACUGGCGACGCUCAUCGUCAACAAGUUGCGCGCGGGCGUCAAGCUAGCCGCCGUCAAGGCGCCCGGCUUCGGUGACAACCGGAAGGCCAACCUGCAGGACAUCGCCACCCUCACCGGCGGCGAGGUGGUGAGCGAGGACGUGGGCCUCAGCCUAGACAAGAUCGACAUGAGCAAGCUGGGCACGGCCAAGAAGGUGAGCAUAAGCAAGGACGACACCAUCAUCCUGGACGGCGGCGGCGAGAAGGACAAGAUCAACGAGCGCUGCGACCAGAUCCGUGAAUCUGUUGCAGCCUCCUCCUCCGACUACGACAAGGAGAAGCUGCAGGAGCGGCUGGCGAAGCUGAGUGGCGGCAUUGCAGUGAUCAAGGUGGGCGGAGCGUCCGAGGUGGAGGUGUCUGAGAAGAAAGACCGCGUUGUGGACGCCCUCAAUGCCACCAAGGCAGCUGUAGAGGAAGGCAUAGUGCCAGGUGGCGGAGUGGCGCUGCUAUACGCGUCCAAGAUCCUGGGCGGCAUCAAGGGCGGCCUCAACUUUGACCAGAAGAUCGGUGUUGACAUCGUGGAGCGCGCUCUGAGCGUGCCCCUCAAAACCAUCGCCAACAAUGCAGGUGUGGAGGGUGCAGUGGUGGCGGGCAAGCUGCUGGAGAAGUCGGACGAGGAGAACCUGGGCGGCAGGCUGGGCUACAACGCAGCCACUGACAAGUUCGAGGACCUGGUGGCCGCCGGUGUCAUCGACCCAGUCAAGGUGGUGCGCACUGCGCUGGUGGAUGCUGCGAGUGUGAGCAGCCUGAUGAUGACGAGCGAGGCCAUCGUGGUGGAUUCCCCCGAGGAGAAGGCCCCUGCGGGAUCCCCCGGCGGCAUGGGCAUGGGCGGCGGUUACGGCGACAUGUACUGA